AUGAGCUCCCCGUUGGGAACUUUCAGCUGGAUCGUGCGAACAGUCACGAAAGUUCAGCUGACCGAUCAAAGGAUUGACUUGGGAAGAGAGGUGAGAUCUGAAAGGUGACAGGCCAUAUAACCAUAGGAUCCCAGCAGCAAAGUUCACGGGAUUGAGCUGUUGGGAAGGGGGAGAGUGUGAACAGAUUGUUUCAGACUGGCGGGUGCGAAAGGAGGUGAAAGGAGGUGGCGGUUCUUUUUUAUUACAGUCUGUGAACACGCUUCAGCAGAUUAUGAUUAUCAGAAAAACUACGGAGCCACUCGAAACAGCGAGCUACAUGGAAUUUGAAUAGACUUUGUUGAGUUUUGUAGGAUUGACAAAAUUUCAAAUGUUUAAAAUUUUCCAGCAGGAAAGGUUGCUAAAAGCCCAAUCCCUUAUCGAGCCGACAGACUGUCAUCCCGGAAAGGUCCUCUCGCCCACUGUUUCCCUUCGUUCGUACCCUCCAAUUCACCUUGUCAUUUUUUUUUGCGAAGCGUAACCAUUGUUGCGUGUGCGGAUAACCUCCAUAAUCGGGCGUGUUGCGCGUAUCUCCCAGAUUGAUAUGUUUUGUUUGUUUCCCCGAGAAUAAAACAAUUUGUCAGUGUUGUUUCUGGGCCAACACAAUUCCUCACUUCCUCACAGAACAAACACUUUCAGUCCCUUCCAACAGUUGCCUGAAUGGUCCAACCUAAAGUGUUCCCAUCUUCCUUCCUUCCCUUAUUACAUACGUAAUCAUUCAGGUAGAAGAGUUAUAAUCAUCCGUGGCCAUCUGGAGAUGUCUCCCGCCCACACCUAAUUAAUCCUCCCAUCCGUCAUUCUUCCGAAUCCCACUCUUUUCCUCUGCAUCUCUGUAUUUUCACACUCUCUCUCUCGGUCUCCCGCAGGUGCACAAUGAGCCAUCAAAGGAGGUGUUCCCGCACGUUUAUGUGUGCAUAAGGACGGACAUUCCGGUGGACAAGAGCCUUCAGAAUGUUGUGAGAAGACACACAGACGCACGAGAAGGAGAACGUUCUCAUAAUGGGCCUCCAGAUGACGUCCCGCUGCGAUUAGUGGGGUACUGUGCGCGCGAAAACGGAAUGCUCGGUGGAACAAGUGGGCUACGGUAAUAGCUGGGAACUAAUGUGUUCUGACCGGAAUGCGCAUGGAUCCCUGGUUUUGACAUUCAGCAACGAGCCAUCUUUUUCUGCUCCCAAGUCGUCUUCACAAGAUGCCAGAUGUUCUCAGUCUCAAGAAACAGUUCCCAACAGGUGCAUUCCUGCCAAAAACGAAUCCAAUAAUGAGCACUUAGCAUACGGUAACUACAAUCUGAUGACAUAUAUGACGGCCCCUCGGGAGCCCCAAGAUGGCAUCUCACUCCUUCUUUCCUUCCUUCCUUCCUCACCCUCUUCAGGCAAUCCAAUGACGUGACACUCUCUUUUGGAAGCCCUCACCAAUAAGAGAGAAACCUUGGCAUUUUCAUUUCGAAGUAAAACAAUGUCAUCCGAAAAUAGUUAUGAAAAAAUAUCAGAGGACGUUGAAUGUACUGCCGUCUCGCCUGGUUACAGUACACUUGGAGACAUUGUCCCCGUCGCGUUGCACUGGAAAAACGUUUCGUAAGAAAUGAGAAAACAGGUCGGAUGGGGAAGGAAGCGGGUUUCAGAGUGACGACGGUGAAGGAGCAGAGAGAGCUUCUGAGGGAUGUGAGUGGAAUGGCGCGGCCGGGCGAAUUGCUCGCUUUGAUGGGAGCCAGUGGGGCCGGAAAGACGACCCUCCUGAACAUGCUCAUGUGCCGCAACCUAAAGGGACUGAAGACCGAAGGAUCGAUUACGGUCAACGGGCAAGAGGUGGGAGAUGGCGUGGAGAAUGGAUCAGAUGAUUUAAGACAUUUUAGAUGAGCGAUAAAAUCUCCAUGAUAUCCGGGUUCGCCCAGCAAGAAGAGUUGUUCGUGGGCACUUUAACCGUCAGAGAAUACCUGACGAUCCAGGCGAAACUGCGGAUAAACGGAUCCGCGAAAGUGAGGGAGGAAAGAGUGAAGGACGUGCUGGUUCAGCUGAAACUGUGGAAGUGCAGAGACUCGCGGAUCGGAGUGGUCGGGGAGAAAAAGGGAAUUUCGGGGGGCGAGGCCAGAAGACUCACUUUCGCGUGUGAAAUGCUCUCGAAUCCGUCGCUUCUUUUUGCCGAUGAGCCUACGACCGGCCUGGAUUCGUUCAUGGCGGAGAGCGUGAUUCAGAUUCUGAAGGGAAUCGCCAAGACCGGACGGACGAUCAUUUGCACUAUCCAUCAGCCGUCUUCGCAGUUGUAUCAGAUGUUCCACCGCGUCAUUUACCUUGGUUUUUCAGUGAAGUUACUGUUCCUACUCAUCGUGCUCAUUAUUUUCAGCGAAUGGUCGGACGGCAUUCCAAGGAACACCGCAAGAGUCGAUCGCCUUCUUUGAACGAUGCGGCCAUCGCGUUCCGAACGAAUACAAUCCGAGCGAGUGGAUCAUUUACAAAUUGGCGGUGCAACCGGGACAGGAGAGUCAGUCGAACGCUCGGAUUCAGCAGAUUGUGGAGCAUUACGAGGAGAGUGAACACUGCAAAAGAAUCAUGGAACUUCUGAAGGACGUGUCCGAGAAAGUGCCGCCACCGCCGAUGCACAAAGCGAAUGUGCUCACUCAAAUCGGAGCCCUCACUCAGAGGUAAUCGGAAAGUGAAUCUUCGCGCCACAUUUGCAUUUCAGGUGUGCUCUCGACGUGUGGCGUGCUCCUCAGCUCACGAUGGCCAAGAUCAUACAGAAGAUUCUGUUCGGAGUGUUCAUCGGACUACUGUACUACCGGGUAUCUCGGAUCUCUUCAGUUUCUGAACAACAAUGCCUUGCAGACUCCAUAUUCGACACGUGGAAUGCAGAACAUCAACGGUGCGCUCUUCUUCAUCGUCGGCGAGUUCAUCUACUCCACCGCCUACGCAAUCAUGAUGUUUCUCAACAACGAAUUCGCAUUGGUGGCUCGAGAAUACCACGACGGACUCUACAAUCUCUGGACGUACGUGUUCUCUGGAAUCGUCUUUGAAAUCGUCUUCUUGCAGCUACUACUUCGCCCGCUGCAUCUCGAUGAUUCCGCUCUUCUCGACGGACGGGCUCAUCAUGCUCUUCAUGGUUUACUGGCUCAUCGGCCUCAACACCUCUGUCGCGCAGCUUCUCGUCGCCACCGUCUUCUCUCUGCUCGCCAGCCAGGCGUCUUCGGCUCUCGGCGUCGCCAUGUCGUGCAUCUUCCCGACUGCCCAGAUGACGUCAGUGAUGGCGAGUCCGUUGCUCGUUCUCUUCCGUCUUUUUGGCGGAUUCUAUGGCAACACUUCCACGUUUCCGGCGGCCGUUCGUUGGUUGCAAUAUAUUAGUAUGUACAGGUAAAUUUAAACUGUUUCCGAGUUGCAUCUGAGUUCGAAUUCUAGAUACGCUUUCGAGGGAAUGGUCGUCAAUCAGUGGUCGUACAUCGACAGAUUCCACGAGACGACGAACCCGAACGAGACGGUCACUCCGAAGGUACAGUCCCCUAAUCUUCUCGCCUUUUCCUGUCAGGACCCUAUUUCAGAAAGUGGACGCCAUGCUCCGGAGCUUCUCGUUCAGCCCAUCCGCAGUUCCUUUCAAUAUCAUCGGGCUCGUCGUCAUCAGUUUCCUCUUCUACCUCGUCGGCUUCGUCGCUCUUGUCAUUCGAAUGAAAAAAGCUCGCUAG